GAGCAGAUUGUGGGCGACGGCACCCAGACCAUCGUCGCGGCGGCGGAGGUGAGUCCGUACCCGCAGGACCUCGGCUGGUGGUACAGCAAGUCGAAUUUUACGGAGACCAUGCGGUCGCAGGCGCUUUCGUCGCUUGGGGUUCCCAGCGACUGGAUCACCAAGUACGCCCACUGUGACAACAGCACCGUGAACAGCAUGUGUGGGAGCCCGCCGAAGUAUCAGUACGCGAGCUCUGGGUUCCUUAUGGGCCCGGCCUUGGAUCUUUUCACGAUGCUCAGCGGUCUCGAGUCCUAUGAGGGCCCGGAGAACCGAUUCAUCAACGAGUAUUUUCUUGCGAAUCCUGCAAAGAUGACUCUAGACUACUCGGGAUCAUUGUCGAUGACCUUGCACAACCUUGUCAAGCCGGACGGCAGCAUUCCUGUGGAAAUCUCGGGGUCUGGCGACAGCAAGAAGCUCGUGUCCAAGGAUACCAACACGACCAUAUGUUUCGUCCACGGCAACGGCAACUCCUUCGAGGCCCUGAGAUUACUGGCACAGGAGCUGAAGGAUGCGUGAGGCACUGCCAGAGGAUCGAGUGCCGGGCCUGCGCCAAGAAAGUCCACUUCUGGUCUACUGGUUUGGAGCGCCCGCCGCCCAGGCAGUUCGCUCGGCUGGCCUGCUCUUCCUCUCCUUUAUCCAGCCUCUCGUCUUCUCCCUCCAUCCUGCACGUCAUCGGACUCCCGGACGGCGCGUCUCUGGAUUCUACACGCUGCGCGUUUCCCCACCAGUUUUCCCGACCGCGACCGCCCGCCGCCAGCGCUUCCGCCUGCGGCUGUAAAAAAAUAAAAAUAAAAAACAAACCCCAAGUGGCGUACCACCACACCUACGCCCAGAGAGCUUGUGGGAUUUAUGAUCUGCCGCUUAGAUUUGCCUGGAGCGUCGAUCCGAUGCCCACAUUCCGACGGUUGUCUUGAACUGUCGGAUGACUGUUGUAAUACCGAGCGCCUACUUGGA